AUUAACUGCCUGGGGGCCAGAGGAUGCCAAGGAUACUCCCACGCAUGUUUACAUUAGUAAAUUUGCGGCCUGGCCAGGACUACUCCACUCCGGCAUAAUUAACUCAAAUAGAGAAUCUCUUUUUAGGUUAUCCACAGAACUGGCUGUGGAGCGGUGGGGUGACAACCCUAACUGGGUAGCCCUGUGACAUCUGUCAGAAGGGCAGCACUUUUCUCGCCUCUCCAUUCCCCCAAGGAUGUCUGUGAAACAAAGCUCCGCCGAAAUAAACGCCUGCAAGGCCAUCAUAAAGCGCUUGUUCGCCAACUCGUACAAGCACCUGGCGUGGAUCUUCUACGAGCCGCUGGACGCCCAGCUGCUGGCCCUCUACGACUACCACGAGGUGGUGAAGGAGCCCAUGGACCUCUCCACCGUGCGGCACCGGGUCAAUUCCGGCUGCUACCAGAGCGCCGCGGACUUCGCCAAGGACGUGCGCCUGAUAUUCUACAACACGUACCUGUACACCAAGCCGGGCCACCUGUGCUACGAAAUGGCCAAGAAGCUGCAGAUUGUCUUUGAGGAGAUGUUCGCCCAGGUGGCCACCUACCCGGCCGCCCCUGGAACAGACAGCUCCUCUAGUUCCUCUGAUGUUGACUCUGAAGGAGCAUCUGAUGCCGAGGAGAGUGAGCGGAGCAGGGAGAGCAGCUCCGAGGCCUCCCGCGCCACCUCAUCUUCCUAUAUGGGUGCCAGCGCACCCGAGUGGGAGCAGACCGGGCUGAGUACCUUCACCACCGAGGAGGACCUAGACCUGCACGCUAAGAUUCAGCAGCUGGACGGUGAGGUUCUGCUCCACGUGAUCCACAUGGUGCAGCGCUUGGAGGGCGCCGAGUACUGCAACAAGGAGCUGGAGUUCGACGUCUGCAAGCUGAAGGUUCACACCAAGCGGUCCAUCCUGGAGUACCUGGAGAGCAGGGGCAUCACCGGCAAGAGACUGGCCCGCAGUCGCCCCAAAUACAACUGAUGGAGUGAA